GGCUUGUUCUAAGGGUGUUUUUUUGUGAAGGGAAAAGCCGGAUCGGAGUUGAAACCCUAGAUCGAUAUGAAGCGAAUUUAGGUCUUCAAAUUGGUUUUCAAUCUGUUCAGGUUGGCUUUCAUUCGGUCUGAAUCAAGAAAUUUAAGAGUUUCUUAUUGAAAUUGUCAAGAAGUUGUGAGGUUUUGUAUAAAGUUCGUAUUUUGGGGGUGUUUUUCUGUUCGUUUGGAUUUGAGAUUCUGGUUUAGGUUAAUUGAAGAGUAGAUGGCCGUCGAAGGUGAGGAAGAAGUUGAUUAUGAGAGCGAUCCAGAGGAGGCGAUGCUGACCUUGGCGAUGCGGAGGAGGGAAGCGAGUGAUGAUGAGGAAGGAGAUGGAGAGGAGAGUGAGAAGCAGCUGAGGAAGGAUACAAGGCCUGGGAUCGGUUCGGAUGUUGAAUCGGAGGGUGAAGGUGGAGCACCUGCGUAUGAUGAUGAAGAAUCUGAGGUAGAGGAAGAGGAGGAGGAAGUGGGAGAGGAAGAAGAAGUCGAAGAAGUCGAAGAAGCAGAGGAGGGAGAAGGGGAAUUUGAGGGGAGUGCUGAUGUCGAUGCAGGUGAUUUCGAGGUUCAGGUCGCAGCGCCGGGUUCUGGUGGAGACCGGGUAAUAUCAAGCGGUGAACCAAGCGAAUUUGACAAUAACAAUCAGAAUCAGGUGGAAGACGAGAAGAAGGAGAACGAGCCAUUCGCUGUGCCGACUGCUGGUGCUUUUUACAUGCAUGAUGACCGGUUCAGAGACAAUGGUGGUGGUCGACACAGGCGCACUCCUGGUGGGCGGAAGUUGUGGGAAUCAAAAGAUGACCGGAAGUGGGGACAUGAUAAGUUCGAAGAGAUGAAUUCGCGGGAAACGCACUAUGAAGAUGUGAGGAGAAAAUCUAAAGGUAAUUAUCGAGGUCGUGGAAAGAACCGAGGUAUGGACCAUGGGUAUACGAGAGGAAGCAGGUCUAGAGGUUAUGACAACAGUAGCAAUCAAAACCGUACUUCAAAGACGGUGAGAGGGAGAGGGCCCAGAAGGUAUGAACCUCCUGCAAAGAACAACAUUGAGCCUCCAAUGAAUCAAAACAAACAAUCUGGGAAGGCAGGUGAGACAACUUUGAAUGCUAGUUCAGGGAGAGUACCCUCAAACACAUCAAAUGUUCAAUCAGAUACAGUUCCUCCCAGGAAAAAUGGUUUUGCGUCAAGCUUGAGUUCUGCUUCUCCUCCAUUUUAUCCAUCCGGCUCGUCCAAUCAAGACAUCUCUGUCCCACAGAAAAGGGAUGUUCCAUCUGGAAAUGGGAGUAGGAAUCUUUCACCUUCUGAAAUGGAGGAUAAUUAUUCUACACCCCACUCCAAUGCAUUGCUCCGAGGGAAAAAUGUGGCCGAUCCUAUUGGCCUCGACAGGCUUUAUAUUGAUGAGUCGGUUUGUACAGUUUCUGGGAAGCCAUUAAGCAACCUGCAGAUGCAGCCUUCUGGAACCUUGCCCAUUAUUACGACUCAGUCUCUUCAGUCCAGGGCCCAGGGAAGAGGUGUCGCUAUCCCAGGACAGCUUAGUUAUCAGCCAACCCCACCUCUUAACCAAGUUAGUAGAGGCUCUGCACAACCCUCUUCUGUUCAGCCAAGGCCUGUUCAAAUUCCAGUCCAACCUUUGCUAGCUUCUAGUCAGCAGUUGGGUCAACGUCUAGGUAGUGGAUCUCAAGCCUCUUCUCCACCUAAAGCUCCAUCAAGGAAUUCUCCUGAACCUGGAGAAUCAGAAUCUCCUCCAGGCUCAAGUAAGUCCAGGACUGCUUUAGUUGGAAAAGGGAAAGGCAAUGUUCAAGGCAGUGGAAGAGGGUCUUUUCUGUACAGUGGUGCUCAGGUUAUUGGAGCCAAUGGUACGAUGGGCGUUGCUCGUGGUGAUCAAAGCUUUCCUGCAACUGCAGCACUUUUGCCUUUUAUGCAAUUUGGAGGUCAGCAUCCUGGUGGUCUUGGAGUUCCUGCUGUUGGUAUGGCGCUUCCUGGAUAUGUUGCGCAGCCACAACUUGGUUUUGGGAAUUCUGAGAUGACGUGGGUACCAGUCUUGGCUGGUGCUGCAGGGGCUUUGGGAGCUACAUAUUGUUCUCCUUACAUUGCUGUUGAUGGUAGUUAUCGUGCUCGUCCAUCAGGCCAGACAUCUUCCUUGGGUCCAUCUGGCAAAGAAACAAGUCCAAACAAACCUAAUACUGUGUGGAGGAAUCCUCAGAGACCUGAACUUGUAAAUGAUGAGUUUGGGCAACGCCAAAACAAGCCUCGUAGAUAUUCGGAGAUGAACUUUGGCCAGUGAAGUACAUAUAUAAGAUUGAGUUUAUUUGAAUAAGCACCUAAGGCCUUAUCCUGGCCUUUUGUGAUCUCCAGCUUUUGUUUGGAGCACUUUGGGGAGCAAUUUGUUGCGAGAUAUGCUAGUUAUUAACAAACGCCUGUUCAUGCUGCGGUUGAUUUCAGAAGAGCAUUGCAGCUUAACGGGUGGCAUUCCUUGUUGAAAUGUGCGGUUCUUUGGCUUGGUUUUUUUUUUGUGAAGCUUGUGAGAAAUGGUAGUGAGCUUCUUCAAGAAUGAUACUAGAAGGGGAAAAAACCAAAAGAGAAAAAAAAAAGGAUUGCAGUUAUUGCUCAGUGAAGUUAUUAUUAGGUUACUCCAUCCAUGUCUUGAUGAUAUUUGUUGAUCUAUGGAGAUUGACUAUGGUUGGCUAUCUGGUUAUAUUCUUCUUCUUUUUCCGUUUAUGAUUGUUGAUCAUCUCUUCUUCUGAGGGACUGUUAAAGUACAUAUCUUUAUUUAGAAUGGUGUUUUCUAUGUCGUGUGGUUUCUUAUUGUGUUGGGACUUGGGAAGCAAGUGAUAGAAUCCUGAAUGAAAGAUUAAAUAAACGACUCUUACCUGAGUGCCUAAUU